GCACCUUGCUACAGACUGGGGAACGACGGGACACACAAGGCUACUCUAGGAUAUCCGAACACUCUCUUGUUCAUCGUCAAAUACUACACUUUUAACAUCACCAUGUCUUCCUAUCAAGGACUCAACUCGGACGAUACAGCGUCGUCGACUGCGGCAACGGCCUCGUCCAUUAUGGGACUCAUGAAUUCGGCCAAAGAGAAAUGGAACGCGUCCGGAGCCAACGAGGCUGUUGGUCGCGUUUCGGCAAAGAUUCCCGAAAGUACCAAGAACUACGUCGGUACCCUCUUUUCCCGUGAGCAGUUGCGGUCCGUCACGGUCUAUUUCGGAAUUGGCGAAGAGCGACCCUUUUACGUGGAGAAGACCCCUUCACUGCUCGUAGAACGUCUGCGCCACAAUUUCACUUUUUUCUACCUCAACUACAUGCUCUUGACGGCGGUCUUUUUCUGUCUCACCCUGUUCAUCAGUCCUACCGCUAUUAUUGGUAUGGCUAUUCUCGCAGCAGGAUGGAUGUGGGUGAUCAAAAUGAGCUCCUCGGGAAGUUUGAACUUGGCGGGGAUUAAGAUUCCGCAAAAAACAGCGACGAUUCUCAUGACAGUCAUAUCGGUAUUUUCGCUUAUUUAUUUGCUCAGCAACGUCUUUUGGUACACCCUGUUUUGGUCCGGCUUAUUUGCCUGUAUCCACGCCUUUUUGCGGGACGCUUCGCUGCACAAGGACAUGGGCGAUCAAGUCGCAAUGGAAGGUGAUCUGGCUCUGGGAUCCAGCGAAGACACGUCCUUUCUCAAUGAUGAAGUAUAAUCAUGUUGGCGCCUGCCGCGUGGCGACCCCAACGCCUUUUUAACUCUACACUACGUACGUGAGCUUUUUUUAG